AUGGGAACUUCAAUCAAGCACGGGGAUCAGCAGAGUUUUUUCCAAUCAUUGGAGCAACAAACCAUAGCAGCCCUGGACGCUGGUCUUUCUAUUGAUGACCAGGCUCAUUCAAGUGUUAUUAUGGGCAUCAUUGAUAUAAAGAACACUUCCUUUGCUAGUGUUUUUGAAUCCUUGUUGGCAGAUAUUUCAUCAAUCAUAGAAUCUGUAGAAUGUAUACAAGCUGAGCAGGAAAACUUUGUUGAAUUGGGAUGCUAUCUUUAUCGAGUUUUUCCAGCAAUAAUGGAGUUGCAGUUUUCAGAGAAUCCCCCAAAAAAUACAAAAGUGAUUGUAGAAUCUCUUUCCAUGAAUGUCAAUUUGGUUAAAGAUCUUGUUGGAGAAUGCCAUAAAGAGAACCAUCCAGUCUCAGAUGCUGAACUUGCGAAGAUCUUAGCUAAGCUAGUAAGGGUGAUUAAAGACAUAGGUGAAUGUUUAAGUUUGAUACCAUCUACAACAUUUGGGGGCCAGAAGUAUGUGGAAACUGCGGUCUGGUCUCUUUCGGAUGAAUUGCAGAAUGUUCAUUUUGAAUUCAAGCAACCUAUAGAAUCACAGAUGUCUUAUGCAAUGCAGAUCCCAAGUUCUCAAAUGUUGCCAUUUUCGGAAGAAUCAGAUCUUUACCCUGUUGAUGACGAAGUAUUGGUGCCUACAGAGAGUUCUCAAGUUUUGAGUAUGCCAUGCCCGGUUGAUUUCAUUAAGAGUACAAAUCAGAGAAGCCAAGAGCAACAUGAAAACGUGGACAAAUCUUUGGUGACAUUGCCACAUGUAGCUCACUAUAUCGAACCAUUGUACAACACAUUCUUCUGUCCAUUAACCAAGCAGGUUAUGGAUGACCCAGUUACCAUUGAAAAUGGAGUGACGUACGAGCGGAAGGUCAUAACAGAGUGGUUUGAAACCUCCAGUCAUCAAGACAAUAUAGUCUGUCCAACCACAGGGAUGAAGCUAAAAAGCAGAGUUUUAAGCGUCAAUGUUGCUCUAAAGACCACAAUAGAGGAAUGGAAGGAGAGGACUGAGGUUGCAAGGAUCAAAGCUGCCCGUACCGCAUUAUCGUUGGCUUGUUAGGAUAGUAUGAUACUAGAAGCAAUAAGAGAUCUGCAACGUAUUUGCAAGAGAAGACGGAAUAAAAAGGUACUAGUAGUUAAUGUUGGAAUAUUGCCAUUGCUUAUUAGGUUACUUGGAUAUAAAGAUAGAGAUGUUAGAUGUGAGGUUUUGGAAUUAUUACGACAACUGACGGAGGAAGAUGAUGAAGGAAAGGAAAUGAUUGCUAAUAUAAUGGAUAUAUCGGCAAUGAUUGAGUUGAUGUCAAGUAGUCACCAGCAAAUUAGGCAUGCAUCAUUGCUUUUCUUAGUUGAGCUUUCAAGAUCUCAAGCUUUGGGUGAAAAAAUUGGCUCAGCUACUGGAGCAAUUUUGAUGCUGAUCAGAGUUAAAUUCAAUCAUCAUGUUGAUUCCUUUGCUGCAGAAAAAGCAGAUGAAAUUUUAAAGAAUCUAGAGAGAUUUCCAGAUAAUAUAAAGCAGAUGGCUGAAAAUGGAUUCUUGGAUCCUCUUUUAAAUCAUCUAACAGAAGGUUCUGAGGAGGUUCAAAUGGAAAUGACAAGCUUCUUGGGGGAACUCAUACUUAGUAAUGACAGCAAAGUGUACGUGGCUGAGAAGGCUUCUACAAGUAUUAUUAAAAUGGUGCAAAGUGGGAACACUAUUUUCAGAAACGCAGCAUUUAAAGCUCUAUCACAAAUCUCAUCUCAUCAUCCAAAUGGCAAAAUCCUUUUAGAAACUGGCAUUCUCAACAUUAUGGCUGAAAUGAUGUUCACUCGCAGGAUAUAUGAUGAACUAAUGGAUUCAAAGAAAGAGGCUGCUGCAAUACUUGCAAAUGUUCUUGAAUCUGGGGUUGAACAUGACAGCAUCAAAGUGAACACUCAUGGCCGUAGGUUAAGCUCAGAUUAUGCUGUUUACAACAUUAUCCACAUGCUUAAGAACUCAACUCCAGAAGAGCUCAACAUCAAUCUCAUCCGGAUUCUGUUAUGCUUAACAAAGUCACCCAAAUCAAUGGAUACAAUUGUUUCGGUUGUGAACGAGACUGAAGCAAGCUAUACCCUCAUUGAACUCAUCAAUAACCCACAUGAACAACUUGGGGUUGCCGUAAUCAAGCUACUGAUUUUGCUUGCGCCGCAUGUCGGUAACACACUAGUUGAAAGGCUCUGCAAAACCAGGGGACAACCUCUGGGUUUAAUGGAAUGCCCUUCUGGAACUAAUCACAUUACAGAGAAGCAAGCACUUUCUGCAAGAUUCCUGGCGAAACUCCCUCAACAGAAUCUCACACUCAACCUUGCUCUUCUCAACAACAAUGUCGUCCCCACAAUCCUUGAGAGAAUCUUUCUAAUCCAAAGAAAUGGAACAAGAACUAGCAGGCAUGCAACUGUGUACUUAGAGGGUCUUGUUGGAAUUCUUGUUAGAUUCACAACUACAUUGUAUGAACCCCAAAUGUUGUUCCUUGCAAGAACUCACAACUUGACAUCAGUGUUUACAGAACUGGUCAUCAAAACAUCCAGUGAUGAAGUUCAAAGGUUGUCAGCAAUUGGACUGGAGAAUCUCUCAUUAGAGUCAAUAAAUCUAUCACGGCCACCACAGAUAAAGAAAACUGGGUCUAAAAAACUCUUCCGCCUACCGAAUUUAUUGUCUUCCAGGUCAGUUGAAACCAGAAAGAUGCCAGUUCUAUGUCCAGUUCAUAGAGGUGCUUGUUCUUCAGAAACCACAUUUUGUUUGAUCGAUGCUAAGGCAGUUGAGAGGCUGUUAGUAUGCCUGGACCAUGAAAAUGAUGAAGUAGUUGAAGCUUCAAUGGCUGCUAUCUGUACUUUGUUGGAUGACAAGGUUGAUGUAGACACCAGUGUGAGCCUGUUAAGUGAAAUCAAUGCUAUUCAAUAUGUAUUGAAAGUAGUGAAAGAGCAUAAACAAGAGGGUCUAUUGCAGAAAUCAUUUUGGAUGAUUGAAAAAUUCUUGGCAAGAGGUGGAAAUAAGUCAGUUUCUGAUAUAUCACAGGAUAGACUACUGCCUGCUUCAUUGAUUAGUGCUUUUCAUAAUGGGAAUGAUAGUAUGAAGCAGAUGGCUGAGAAUAUUUUGAGACACUUAAACAGGAUGCCGACUCCUUCAGCUACUUAUUACAGCAUGUAA